GCUAAUAUAAAACGAGAUCUGACCCCACAAACCGAGUGAGGGUGAAAAACCAUUAGAUCUAAGUUUAUUCCAUCCAAUCACAGCCUUCCACGUAUUCCUCAUCAACCCCAACAUCUGGCACGGUCUUCAAUAUUUCAAUUUCCCCUUUUUACCCUUUGGCCAUGCCACCGUAAUUUCCGGAUGGCAUCAAUUUUCACUAUGGGACACGUAGAUCAGUCACACGUGGCGCAAUCGUAGCGACUACCGACAACAGUCCAAUACGGUGGCGGAUCGAGUUGCUAACGUGCGCGGGUUCCUUAACGGCGUCACAUUUUCUAAUUUCUCUUAUAUUACUUUGCAAAUUCAUUUCCCUUUUCUCUCACAGCGCCACAGCCCAGAGAACUGAAAAAGGUCUCGAGAGAAAUUUCACUCCAAAUUCUCGGAAGCAUUCCUAGUCUACUCUCAUCCAAUAAUUCCUCGUGGUUCGUGUCUCGUUUAGUGCACACCCUCCAUUGGGUUGCAUCUUCUUAGUUCUUUCUGUCUCUCUAGAGUGUCCGUCACGGGGUUCCAAUCCCGUGGUUACUAUUUCUGAUACUCGAUUUCGCAUUGCGUUCUACAGCCUUUUCAAUUAAUUCUGUUCCUCACAUCGGAAAUUGGAGUCUAGCGAGGUAUUGCUGUUCUUGAUGGAUUUUGGGAUUUGGAGAUGGAUUUGUGAGUGAUUCGUGCGAAAUGGAUGCCUGGCGAUUAUCCGGAGUUGGUGAUUCCAUUCGAUGAGACGCCGGCCGGUAGCGAGUGCCCCGUCGGAACAUAUGGAGAGGGGUGCCGGAAAGAAUCCGAACUCUCGGCUUUGUUUUCUGGCGUUAUUGUCGGCGUGCUUCUGGAUUCUAUUGCUGUAUUUUCAUUUUGUAGUGCUUGGAGGAAAUUCUGUUGAUGAAUCGGUCAAAUUACGCCCCGAAGAUGGACCUGUGAACUUGCCAGUAGUCCGGAAAUUGGCCCCUUCACGUGUUGUCGGCGCACCGAAAGCCGACGAUGUGAAAUCAAUCCGCGAGCCUACCCAGCCUGUGGACCGGAAACCUAAGUCCACCGCCAAACCUGAGAUUCAGAACUUUCCGUUCCUUAAAGCAUUGAAAACUAUUGAAAACAAGAGCGAUCCAUGCGGCGGAAGGUAUAUAUUUGUUCAUGACCUCCCUUCUAGGUUUAAUGAGGAUAUGCUGAAGGAGUGCAAGAGUCUAAGCCUUUGGACAAAUAUGUGCAAGUUCACAACUAAUGCUGGGCUUGGUCCGCCACUUGAGAAUGUGGAAGGAGUGUUCUCAGAUACAGGGUGGUACGCCACGAAUCAGUUUGCGGUCGAUGUGAUCUUCAGCAAUCGAAUGAAGCAAUAUGAUUGUUUGACAAAGGAUGCUUCAAUUGCUGCUGCAUUUUUUGUGCCAUUUUAUGCUGGGUUUGAUAUUGCACGAUACCUUUGGGGAUAUAAUAUAUCUACUAGAGAUGCAGCUUCACUUGAUUUGGUCCACUGGCUUGAAAGAAGGCCCGAAUGGGGCAUUAUGGGCGGUCGAGAUCACUUCCUCGUCGCAGGUAGGAUAACAUGGGAUUUCAGGAGGCUUUCUGAGGAAGAAUCAGAUUGGGGAAAUAAGCUCCUGUUUUUACCUGCUGCUAAGAACAUGUCAAUGCUUGUGGUUGAAUCAAGCCCAUGGAAUGCUAAUGACUUUGGUAUUCCAUAUCCGACAUAUUUCCAUCCCGCAAAGGAUGCUGAUGUGUUUAUUUGGCAGGACCGGAUGAGAAAACUAGAACGGAAAUGGCUCUUCUCGUUCGCUGGUGCUCCACGUCCCGACAAUCCCAAGUCAAUAAGAGGGCAGAUUAUUGAUCAAUGCAAAAACUCUAAGGUGGGCAAGCUGCUGGAAUGUGAUUUUGGGGAGAGCAAGUGUCACUCUCCUAGCAGUAUAAUGCAAAUGUUCCAGAGCUCCAUCUUCUGUCUGCAACCUCAGGGCGACUCGUAUACCAGAAGAUCUGCUUUUGAUGCAAUGUUAGCCGGUUGCAUACCCGUCUUCUUCCAUCCAGGGUCGGCAUACACCCAAUAUACUUGGCAUCUCCCAAAGAACUUUACAAAAUAUUCUGUGUUCAUUCCAGAGGAUGACAUCCGCAAGAGGAAUGUUAGCAUAGAAGAAAGGCUUUCUCAAAUUUCUCCUGAGCAGCUGAAGCUAAUGCAGGAGGAGGUAAUAAGAAUGAUUCCGAGAUUGGUAUAUGCUGAUCCGCGCUCUAAGUUGGAGACCUUGAAAGAUGCUUUCGAUGUCUCGGUGCAAGCUAUUAUCGACAAGGUUACGAAGUUGAGGAAAGACAUUAUUGAAGGACGCACAGAUGAUAAUUUUAUUGAGGAAAAUAGUUGGAAAUACGCCUUACUGGAAGAGGGACAGCGCGAAGUUGGACCUCAUGAAUGGGAUCCUUUCUUCUCCAAACCGAAGGAUGGGGAUUCUGGUGAUAGAUCUGUAGAGGCUGCAAAAAAUUCAUGGAAAAAUGAGCAGAGAGACAAAUCAUGAUAUUUAUAGGCUGAAGUUCAAUGAUGCAUGAAUAAACAAUACUGUCAGUGAUUUCUAAUGAUCUCCACAGAUAAAGUUCAAUAGAAGCCUAAAGAAGAGAGCACCAUCAAACAAGGAAUGAAGCUUAAUCAUCAUCCAGCUAAAGGGCCAAAAACAAAGCGUGGUGGACAUGUCCUUUGCUUAUAGUUUUCUUAUACAGAAACCAUAGUUCAUUACAUGUUUUUGUCAGUAAUUCUUUGUAUUGAAAGUUGUCAUUUUAUUAGCCAGACUCUUCUUCUCCAAUCAAUGCGUAAAUCAAAUCAUGUAGAUUUUAGUGUCAUGAAUGCUUCACUUUUUGAAGUGAGCAUUGAAUCUCAUCCCAGAAGAAUGAUACCAGAAUUGGCCUUGAUUAUUUAAUUUUUUUUUUAGAUCUUCAGGCAUGUAUUGGCCUCAGUUGGCAAAAUAGCCAGUGAGUGUCCCUAUCACUUGUAGUUGAAUGCCAUUGUUGAGCCUUUUUUAAUUU